AUGGUGACGCCCUGCCUUACCAGCCCCGUGAGCCCCGCGGCCCGGGUUGGGAGGCAGGACAACGACCAGAACCUCCGUGCCCCGGUGAAGAAGAGCCGGCGCCCACGCCUCCGGAGGAAGCAGCCGCUGCAGCCGCGGAACCAGUGCCCGCUCCUGGGAGACUCUGGCGUUCGCGACCUGUUCGAGUCCCCCAGCUCCGGCUCGGAUGGCGCAGACAGCCCCGCGGCGUCCGCGGCACGAGGCUGCAGCCCCCUACCCGGCCCUGCCCAGCAGCUGGUACAGCUAGAUCUACAGACCUUCCGCGACUACGGUCAGAGCUGCUACGCCUUCCUCAAGGCGCGGGAGAGCCACUUCCACCCCCGGGAGUCGCUGGCGCGGCAGCCACAAGUAACGGCGGAAUCCCGCUGUCAGCUGCUCAGCUGGCUGAUCCCCGUGCACCGCCAGUUCGGCCUCUCCUUCGAGUCUCUGUGCCUGACGGUGAACACUCUGGACCGCUUCCUUACCACGACGCCUGUGGCUGCAGACUGCUUCCAGCUGCUCGGGGUCACAUCGCUGCUCAUCGCUUGCAAGCAGGUGGAGGUGCACCCGCCGCGCGUGAAGCAGCUCCUGGCCCUGUGCUGCGGUGCCUUCUCCCGGCAACAGCUCUGUAACCUCGAGUGCAUCGUGCUGCACAAGCUGCACUUCAGCCUGGGCGCGCCCACCAUCAGCUUCUUCCUGGAGCAUUUCACACAUGCGCGCGUGGAGGCCGGGCAGGCCGAGGUCUCCGAAGCUCUGGAGGCACAAGCCCUGGCGCGCGGGGUGGCGGAGAUAAGCCUGGCCGACUACGCCUUCACCCGCUACACCCCCUCCCUGCUGGCCAUCUGUUGCCUGGCGCUGGCUGACCGUAUGCUGCAGCUCCCGCGCCCGGUGGACUUGCGCCUGGGUGGGCACUCGGAGGCGGCGCUGCAGGACUGCCUGGGCAAGCUGCAGCUACUGGUGUCCAUAAACGGAACCUCCCUGACUCAUAUGCUCCCCCUCCAGAUCUGCGAGAAGUGCAGCCUGUCCUUGAGCUUGAAAUAAAGUAGACCCUUAGUCUCCUUUUAUCCCCUUCUGGCCCGGCUGCUGGACCAAUCCCAUUGCUUUGAAAGAGUGCAGUAUCGGCCCAAAGAGAGGGGUUCAGGGCUCUCGCUUGGUCACCAGGACAUCCUGCAGGUUGUAAAUAGUGUACGAUAGUAGCGUCUCGUCGUUUAUUUAUUUUGCUGAGGACACAGGAGAGAGCUGAGUCUUUCCUCAAACAGGCUGGCUGUCGUGGUUUGCCCGAAUGCUGCUAUUGCCCGCGUUUAUCUGCCGGGAGGGAAGGUGAAGGCAACCCCCGGAAUAGAG